AUGUCACCCCGGCCCUUUAUCAGAAAUUUGACCUUCCAGUCCAACAACCUCGGCAAGGAGGUGAGGAUCAUGCUCGCUUGGGAACCCAACCUGGAAGGCCUCUACGACGACGUCUUCCCGAUAGUUUGGAAGGUUAGCAAAUUUGGGAAGACGGGUCCGUACAGGGCUCAGUUGACCUACACGAACCAGCUUGCUUUCUCCAGAGCUCAGGACGAAAAUGGGAAGGUAAUCAGUGCUGAAACUUCUGUCACGAUCAAUACCGACCAGAAAACAACCCUGACAGAAGCAAAUGAGGUCUAUCAAUUCUCUCCCCCUCAGGCGGGAACCUCUGGCAUCCUGCAGGCCGUGAACAACACUGGGACCGUUCAAGAUAUCGCACUUGGCUUUCUCAACAAAGGAGAGCUGAUACCCACUCCCACACUUUUCUUCAGCGACGUUGGGGAUAGUAGUCGCGUCACGGCAAAGUUCACUCCGGUCCUGCAUGCCUACAUCGCGUCGGACUAUGACGAGAACUCAAUCUUACGAGGUCAAAUUGACACCCCUGCGAUCUGGUCGCAGGACCUCACCGCGCUCGUCCAGAACACGACUUGGAACCUCACGCGCGACCCGAACAGUGGACGUUACACAAUCAACCAUGCUUGA